GUCUAGCACCGAAUACCGAGUCACAUCGGAUGUCGAAUUUAUGGCCAAGGUCUCGUAUGAUCUAUAAGUGAGCCACUUCUUCUUCGUCUUCCAAGUCGAAUUCUCUCAACCUUCCUCGUUCAACCUCUGAACAUUGGCUUCGAUCAUGACGUCUUCCUUUGCCCCCGGGCUCCGGAGGUUACUAUUCCAGGCCACAACCACAGCGUCUGGACCUUCAAAGUUCUUUGUCUGCAACCAAUGCCUUCGAAGUGCUCCCCGGAGCAUGCCCUCGCGCGUUCUCAACGCUGUCCGAUCACGAUCCUAUGCCGAUUCCGCUAUCAACAAGCCAAUUGGAACUAUCGCCGAGCAGGUCUCUGCCCGCGCAUCUCCCUCUGUCUCUCAAGCUACCAAGAAAGCAUGGCCUGAGUCCAACCCGAAGGGUGUGGGCUACUGGCUCCUCGGCAGCGCUGUUAGUGUUUUUGGUAUUGUCGUCUUUGGUGGUCUAACACGUUUGACCGAGUCUGGCCUGAGUAUCACUGAAUGGAGACCUGUCACUGGUUCGCUUCCUCCCAUGUCCAAAGAAGAUUGGGAGUCCGAGUUCGAAAAGUACCGUGCAUCGCCCGAGUUCAAGCUUCUCAACCCUCAUAUGGACCUCGAAGAAUUUAAGAAGAUCUACUUUAUGGAAUGGUUUCACCGUGUCUGGGGUCGCUUCAUUGGCCUGACCUUUGUCAUUCCUACCGCCUACCUCGUCGCUCGUCGCAAAGUUACACCCAAAAUGGCACUGAAUCUUGCUGGAAUCUCUGCAUUGAUUGGUUUCCAGGGUAUCAUCGGCUGGUGGAUGGUCAAGUCUGGUCUCAAGGAUGAUCUGUUUGCUCCUGGCUCUCACCCUCGAGUCUCUCAGUACCGCCUCACCACUCACCUUGCUACCGCCUUUGUCUGCUACUCCUGGAUGCUUCUCUCUGGUUUGACCGUUCUCCGAACUCGUCGCUGGCUCGCGAACCCUGAAGCAGCCAUGAAACAGAUCGCUGCUAUGAGCCAGCCCGGACUUCGCACUAUGCGCCGUGUCGUCUUCGCCCUUGCUACCCUGACCUUCAUUACUGCCAUGUCUGGUGGUCUUGUUGCCGGUCUCGAUGCUGGUCUGAUCUACAACGAAUUCCCUAAGAUGGGUCUUGGUCUCUUCCCACCUAAGCAGGAACUCUGGGACAAGUUCUACUCUCGUAAGGAGGACCAGUCUGAUCUCUGGUGGCGCAACAUGCUCGAGAACCCCAGCACUGUUCAGAUGAACCACCGAAUUCUUGCUGUGACUACCUUCUGCUCCAUUCUCUCGCUCUUCAUCUACGCGCGCACGAGACGUGUCAAGGCUAUCCUCCCCGCCAACAUCAAGAAGGGCGCCGAUGGCCUUUUCCACGUUGUGUCUUUGCAGGUUGCCCUCGGCAUCAGCACUCUCAUCUAUAUGGUACCAAUUUCCCUCGCCGCAGCUCAUCAGGCGGGUGCUCUUGGUGUGUUGACCAUGGCUCUGGUUUUGGCUCACAGACUACAUAUUCCCAAGCCCACUCUUCGUCUCCUUGAGCAGCGAUUGAAGCAGGCUGCUGCCAAAUAAACGAAUUGGUGGCGUUGUAAGAUGCCGAAGAACAGCAUGUAUAUUAUUCUUGUACAAUAUGGUACCCAAUAGCAUCAAUAGAAUAACGAAACGGAAAGCUGGUAAGCUAGCCAAACGACACAUAUAAUGAACAUCUUGGAUACACUCGACUCUUAGAAGAAUUCUUAACAUGGUUUUAUAAAAGCAUUUUAUUUUCUUUCUAAUUCCAUCAGACUGGAAAUCUGACCAUUCUUAUGUCGUUGUCACAGCGUAAAAUCAUGCAAUCCAACUUAUCAGUUAACCCAGUAAAUCCCGUUUUCCCGUUUUACUUGUGAGCUACACAAAUAAGUUAGUAAUUUAUCCUCGGUUUCAAGAGUGGUCAUACUUACCAAUGCCCUCCUCAGGCAUGGGCUCGAUGCCAACAACCUCGGCGGCAAGCUUCUUCUGCUCCAGCUUAUCAUCCUUCAUGAAGGGGAAAGCAAGAACCUCACGGAUGGUGUAGUUAUCAGUCAAGAACAUGACCAUUCGGUCGAUACCCAUGCCCCAACCACCAGUAGGAGGCAGACCAUAUUCAAGCGAGGUACAGAAGUUCUCGUCAAUGAGCUGAGCCUCGUCAUCACCCUGGUCCUUCUGGCGAGCCUGCUCCUCAAAACGCAGACGCUGGUCAAAGGGAUCGUUCAACUCAGUGUAGGCAUUGGCGAUCUCCUUCUUGCAAACGAAGGCCUCGAAACGCUCGCACAGACCGGGAAUCUCACGGUGGUACUUGGCAAGAGGGCUCAUGACUUGAGGGUGACCAGUGAUGAAAGAGGGGUUGACACACUUCUCCUCGAUGAACUCACCGACCAGCUUGUCAAUCAUGCGGGCGUUGGUGAGAGGAGGUGUGCACUCCAGGUUCAUCUUCUUGAGGACCUUCUUGAGGAACUCGUUGGUCUCUUGUGUGUGGAGCUGGUCGCCAGGAGGGAACUUCUCUCCGGUGGCCUCCUCCAGGGUGGGAAUCAUCUCAUAUCGGGGCCAGGGCUUUUCCCAGUUGACCUCGUACUUCUCGCCGGUCUGGGUGUGGAAGGUGGUCUUGUAGCCACCGGUAAGGUACUUGACAAGGCCAGAAACCAUGUCCUCAGUGAUGUCCAUCAGGUCGUUGACAUCAGCGUAGGCCUGAUAGAACUCAAUGGUAGUGAACUCAGGGUUGUGGGUGAGAUCAGCACCCUCGUUUCGGAACUGACGUCCAAUCUCGUACACGCGGUUAAGGCCACCAACAACAAGCAUCUUGAGGUAUAGCUCAGGAGCGACACGCAUGAACAUCUGCAUGUCGUACUCAUUAUGGUGAGUAGUGAAGGGCUUAGCAGUGGCACCGCCAGCAAUCUGGUUCAUCAUGGGAGUCUCAACCUCGACGAAGUCACGCUCGUCGAAGUAUCGGCGGAUCCAGGUGAUCAUCUUGGAUCGAGUGAUGAAGACAUUACGGGCCUUCUCGUUGCAGAUAAGAUCGAGAUAUCGCUUGCGGUAUCGCUGCUCGAGAUCCUUGAAGCCGUAGUGAUCAUCAGGGAGGGCAUGGAGACAAGGAGUCAGGAGGACGACCUCAGUCGCGAAGAUUGACAGCUCACCCUCCUCUCCCUUCUCGAUCUUGGUCUUAGGGGCAGUUCUACAGUUAAUUAGUAUGUGUUCCGGUUCUAGGAUAGUUAGUAACUUACCGGCCGGGGUAGCCAAUAACACCAAUGAUAUCACCUCGGCGGAGGUGCUCGUGCUGGGCAUCAAAAGCGGGAGCUCCCUCUCGCACCUCUUGCGCUUGGCACAUAAUCUGGACCUUGACGCCCUCUGUUCGGACAUCAUAGAAAAGAAGCUUGGAGCCGGAUGCUCGCUUUCCGUGGACACGGGCACCGAUCUGGAUGAUCUUGUCCUUGGCAUGCUCGCCAGACUUGAGGUGGCCAAACUCCUUGACAAAGUUUCGCAGGUCGUAUGUGACGUUGAACUUAUGAGGGUAAGGGUUGGGGCUCUUGGUCUCGCGGAGCUUGUUGAUGUUCCUUGAUCGAAUCUCGAAGUACUGGUUGGGAGUGAGGUCCUUCUCGGCAGCCUCAGCACCACCAGCAGCCUUCUUGGGAGCAGGAGCAGGACCGCGCUCAGCAGCCUUCUUCUUCUUUUCUUCCUCCUUCUGGCGGGCCUUCUGGCGCUUCUUCAACUCGGUCUUGGAGACCUUCUCACCAGUUACCUCAUCGAGGUGCAGGUUGGAGACCUGCUCGGUCGGGGGGGCAGCAGCGUCAGCCAUGAUUGCGUCUCGUUUCGCGGUGGGGAUAAUUGAAAUGGCAGAUCUCCAAAUCAGGCGACAGUUCCUGAUUUAAGUCUCUGCUGCCGGCAAAUUGAGUCAAGCCGUGAUGGAUGUGGUGAGUCAGUGGAAACAGUCAGGGCAUUGGAGGGGCAGAAGAAAUCCAUUGGUUUGGGCGCCACAAUCGCGGGGUAAAUUUUCAGUCAGGCAUUCAUUCUUGAGCGAGCUCAGCCACAGAUAAAAUCAUUGGUAGAAAUGUCUAUAUACGGCAAAAGACCACGAGAACGAAGCAAGAGAAGUAGUGAGCUCUCCGAAUUGGUCAUAUUAUUGAAUCAUGAGCAAGAUGUAUCUAGCUCUGAGUCUUCGUCAUUACUUAUAUGUAUUUUUGUUAGCC